ACAUCAACUGAGCUAAAAGUUCAUAAGAGAACACACACAGGAGAGAAGCCUUACUCCUGCUCUGAUUGUGGAAAGAGUUUCUCUCAACUGGGCACCUUAAAACACCAUGAACGUAUACACACGGGAGAGAAGCCUUACUCCUGCUCUGACUGUGGAAAGAGUUUCUCUGUACUGGAACACUUGAAAGCACAUGAACGUAUACAUACAGGUGAGAAGCCUUACUCCUGCUCUGAAUGUGUUAAAUGCUUCACAACAUCAACUGGGCUAAAAGUUCAUCAGAAAACCCAUACAGGAGAGAAGCCUUACUCCUGCUCUGAUUGUGUAAAAUGCUUCACAACAUCAUCUAGGCUAAAAGUUCAUCAGAGAACCCAUACAGGAGAGAAGCCUUACUUCUGCUCUGAUUGUGCGGUGAGUUUCUCUCUACUGAGCCACUUAAAACGACAUACACAUAUACACACAGGAGAGAAGCCUUACUCCUGCUCUGACUGUGGAACGAGUUUCUCUUUACUGUGCCACUUAAAACGACACGAACGUAUACACACGGGAGAGAAGCCUUACUCUUGCUCUGACUGUGGAAAGAGUUUCUCUGUACUGGGCCACUUAAAAAGACACCAACAUGUACACAAGGGAGAGAAGCCUUACUCCUGCUCUGAUUGUGUAAAAUGCUUCACAACAUCAACUGAGCUAAAAGUUCAUCGGAGAACACACACAGGAGAGAAGCCUUACUCUUGCUCCUAUUGUGAAAAAUGCUUCACAACAUCAACUGGGCUAAAAGUUCAUCAUAGAAAACACACAGGAGAGAAGCCUUACUCCUGCUCUGAGUGUGUAAAAUUCUUCACAACAUCAACUGGGCUAAAAGUUCAUCAGAGAACACACACAGGAGAGAAGCCUUACUGCUGCUCUGACUGUGGAAAGCGUCUCUCUCGAAUGGGCCAGUUGAGAAGACACCAACGUAAACAUAAAGGAAAUACGCCUUACCACUGAUCUGACGAGAAUAUGUUUUAAAACAACAGCUGAGCUAAAAGUUAAUCAAAGAACACACACAGGAGAGAAGCCUGACUCUUGCUCUGAUUUUGUCAAAUGCUUCACAACAUCAACUGGGCUAAAAGUUCAUCAGAGAACACACACAGGAGAGAAGCCUUACGUCUGCUUUCAAUGUGGCAAGAGUUUCUCCCAAUUGGGCAAUGUUAAAACACACCAACGGAUACACACUUAAGAGAAGCCUUAUCACUGCACUGACUGUGAGAAGAGAUUCUACAGAUUGGGCCAUUUAAAAAGACACCAAUGUAUACAUAAAGGAGAGAAGCCUCAUCAAUUCUCUCAGACAAGCUA